AUGUCGGGCUGCCAGAGGGUCGCGAGACCCCUCAUACAGUCAAUCCACCACCCGCAGGGCCUGUUAUUGCAGACAUCGACAUCCUUCGCCCGCUCCUUUGCGAGAACAUCAAGCCGGCAAGAUGAACCACCGCCAACCUCAACAACGACCGCCACAACACCUGCUCCCAGCUCGUCGUCAAAGCCGAUAGCUCAAUCCGAUGCUGCCGAUGCUGCUACUGCCUCCGAGGCUGCUAAGCUCCGUAUGAGGGAGCGUCUGAUGGACCCGAACACAACCACCGCACACUGGGCCGAGCGGAAGCUGAUGCGGGCCGGAACCCCUCCCGUCGGAUCGCGACGUCGACGUGCUGCCUUGCGCUCUUCAGAAAAUGUACCCUUCGAACAGCUACCCUACCAAUGUUUUCAGGAGGCUCGUAAAAUCUUACAGGAGGACCGAUCGGAGAAGCUAGAGGCCCUCGCUAAGGAAUUGGCCAAGAUCAAGCGCCUCCAGGAGACACCCGCCGAUCAAGUCCCUGGUGGCCAGCAUAAGAAAGACGUACGUCUUAAGAGUUUGAGGAAAUAUGUCGAGGAACUCAAGAUUUUAGUUGAUAUCAAUGAUCCCAUUGUGAAACGCCGAUUUGAAGACGGGUUUGGCGAUAUGACCAAGCCCAUCUAUCGGCACUUAGCCGAGAAAAAAUGGCGUGGUAUGCCCUACCGCGUCAUCAAUCAGCGUAUAGAAACAUUAAAGAUCGUCCCUGAUGCUCUGCCCAAACUCGAUCCUGUUGCCGACGUGCAGCUCUACUUCCGUCGGAAGAAGGUCGAGCCCGGUGAAAUUCUGGACUCGAGGGUGACAGAAGUGCCGCCACGUCUGAAAGUACAGGUUUUCAACGCAGGUGAACGCCUCGUGUCGGUUGCUGUAGUGGACUUGGAUGUUCCUAACGCCGAAACCGACUCAUUCGAGCGCCGUUGUCACUUCCUCGCAGCCAACAUACCCAUUGCCCCUGAUAAGCCUUCUCUGCCCCUUAGCAAGUUGAGCAAGGAGACUCAGCUGGCCGUCCCGUGGCUGCCUGCUUUCUCCCAAAUGGGCGCGCCCUACCAUCGGCUGGCUGUAUUCGUUUUGGAGCAGGAAGACGGUGCCACGUUAGACAUUGGAAAACUGCGCGAGCUCUAUAGCGGCCGCGACGGAUUCAGUCUAAAGAGCUUCCGGGACAAAUUCCCUUUGACGACCGUCGGUCUCAACAUUUUCCGAACCGUAUGGGAUGAGGGUACUGCGGGCGUCAUGGAACGCGCUGGCGUACCAGGCGCCGAUAUCCAAUUCAAGCACAAGCGCGUCUACUCGCUCAAGGGACCCAAGAAGGCCCGUGGUUGGGAGGCCAAGAGGUCCAAGCCCAAGUACAAGAGCUUGUGGAAGUACAGCACGAGGAUUCACGGCUUGAACAGACGCCGCUAA